UGGGAAACUACCGUAUUGCAUGAUAAUUUUCGAAAAUCAGAUUUCUAUGCUUUCCAGUUGCCAGCGCAAGGAUAUCUCCCGCAGUUCAGUAAGGCGAUGUCAGCUCGAGAUCCCCAAACUUCUCGCUCGGCUAUUUUAAUACUUCAACAGCUUGCUGAGAAUCACUAUUGUGCUGAUGCUCUUUCCCGAAUCAAUUGUAUUGAAGGAAUUAUGACAUCCAUGAAGAAUCAGCCAACCUUGAUGCAUGAGUCUGCGCAUGCGUUGAAAUGCCUAAUGCGAAGGAACAACGGUGACUUGGCGGCACAGAUGCUGUCAACAAAAAUGGUCGAUUAUUUGCUUGAAGUACUUCAUGGUGACCUGCCGGGCGUCUCAAACUCUCCUGCAGCACGUGCGGAAAUUGUCGACGCUCUAAAAAGUGCAUGCCUGGAUCUGCAAGUUGGUGAGAAGAUCUCGGAGAUUUUGAAUCGCUCGCCAGUCUGGGCGCAGUAUCGGGAUCAGCGCCACGAUCUGUUUUUGCCAGCUCCACGGACUCAAGCAAUCACCGGUUGGUUUGAAGUACUCUAUGUG